AUGACCACUUCGACAUACGUCGGCACCAACGACCAGCUUCAUCGGCUCGUCUUUGACCUGGUUCGUUUUAUCAAUGUUUCAGAUCUUUUCCGUUCUUUUUUUCUUGGAACUUUAUUUGAAAUGACACGAUGUACGGAAAUCCAUUUUUGAGCGUACUUUUGGGUCAUUAUUAUUUCCCUUACUUCAAUUUUGAAAGAUUUCUCAUUAUAACUUUCCCAGUUUCAUGAAAUAUCAGCUUCUUAACCUUCAAAAAAUUAACCUUUUUUUCGUUUUUUUUUUUUCAUCAGCCAUUUAGAACCCAUUUCCGAUAGCAUCAACUUUGAACUAUAUUUAUUCCUUCUCUUCUUUUUCUCGAAUUCAAUUUGAAAAAAAAGGGGAAACUUGAUAUUUUUGCAAAAGUUUUAGAUAACCAUUCUCUCUACAUCAGUGGAAUCGACUUUUCAAAAAUAAUCUGCCGAUGUAUAAAAUAGUCUUUUUAGAAAUUCUUGCUGUUUCAUGAGAGAACAGACUUCCAAAAAUAAAACAAAUCAUAUCUUCAGAAUGAAAAUGUGCAUCUAGAGAUCCUUCACAUGAAUAUAUAUCUGUGCUCCUUUCAUGAGUUUUCGAAUAGACUAGGCUCCUUGAUUUGAAACGAAAGAAGUCAACAAGUUUUUCGCUGGCGAAUCUGAAAUGUGUUCUGACAGCUGUCGACGUUCCAUUCACGCCGGUCUUCUGUUUCUUCGGAUCCACACGUUGCUGACGUCAUCCGGCAGAUCGUCGCUCAUCUCGUGCAAAUCUUCGAAAAACGGAUCAACGGUGAGCGACUCGUAGAAGUUGGAGAUUGAACAAGAGACGGAAGAUUGAACCGGUCUUUGGAGACCCACGUGGUUCCGUCUCUGAUUAAUGACCGUCGCAGAGGCGUAUCGAAUCGAAAAAUCUAAAUUGAAAUUUGUUCAGUGGAGACAGCAGAAUGAAUUUUUUUUCGAGUAGGCAAAUAAGCCUAAUUAUGAAAAAUUGAACGUUAAAAAAACUGUAUAUAGUGAGCUAUAACUUUUCUAGUAGUGUUACUGCGAGAUCUUUUUUCAAGCCAACUUGAACUAUUGAAAAUGAAAACAUAGUUUUUCAACUAUGCAGAGAACCCUAGUUAUAAGUUAAACUGAAAUGUCUGCUCUUUAGUAGAUCCGAUGAUAAAGCCAUGAUAAACAAGUCUUUUUUUUUCAAAGAAGUUAAUAUACACUCCGAAGCUCUUCGAAACGAAAAACGGAGACUUAUCCUUGUGAUUCAGCACUAAAGGAUGGGCAAAGCGAAGAUUUCGAGAGCGAAAGCACAUUGCUGAUGUGGACGCUGCUCCAAGUCAUCGCCCGAGUCUCCAACGAGAUUGACCGAGAGCUCGUCCAGGGCCUCAACCAACACUUGGUCGCUCUUGUCAACAAGGUUCGGUGUGUCGAGAUUGAACAAAUGCGUUUCAAAAUCAGUUGGAACUCGUUUCUUUUACAGGUCCAAGCAGCGCCGGUCCGAGAUCCCAAGCUCGUUGCCGAAAGUGAGGCCUACUGGCCUUCUUUUUACCAAGUGAGCACUUUUGAAUGAUUAUUCACGUAUUUUGCCUGACAUUCUUAUCAUUUUAUUCUCUUAAAGUUUGGUUUUUUUUUUCAAAUUCUCCCUUUUUUUCAGCGAAUUAAUUCUUGAGCUUAUACUUCAUUUUUUGAAAUCGGGAAUCGGCUUCCAUUUUGCAAAAAAAUUAAAAUUAAAAUUAAGCUUAGCUCGAUUUUUUUAUUGUUUAUUUUUUUAAUUUUUUUGAAACGCUAAAGUAAUCAAAUAAAUCCAUUAAAAAAACUUAAGAUUAAAAUUCCUAAAAGUAUAUUUUAUUCCCAAAGUACAAAAACAUGUGAAUACAUAGUACUCCUUGCCUCCUUUUUUUCUUAUUUCGAAGCGAAAAUAAAGAUACGUUUUUUCGAGAGCUCAUUGAAAUGAAAAAUAAUAAACGUAAGUUUUUUUAUAACUACUUUAAUUUUCAAAUUGAGACCAGAAAUGAGUAUGUUAUUUCUGACAAAAAAAAAAAUACCAGAAGAAACGAAGAUCGAGUUAUAUCAUAACUGUGAUGAAAAGUGUGAUUGUAACUUUGGCUCUUUUCUCUAUUUCUCGACUUAUUUUUGAUAAAAAAUUGUUCAAAAACUCCGCGUUGGCCUCGAAAUUCUUAUCUGUUAUCGAAGAAAACUACACACAAACAAGAUUUCUCGAUACUUUUUUGAUCUGGUGAAGAAAAAAGGCGCAAAUCAAAUAGAUAGGGCUCUGAAAUUCUACAAAGGUAAAAUGGCGACUGGCCACUAUCUCAUGUAUGAAAUUGACCCGAAACACGGAAUAUCAUUUGAAGCUGUACAGUCAGUCGCUGCAAGUGAUGCACGAACUGUACUCGCAGCUGGAGAAUCCGACGCCGAGCAUCGAACCGAACCUCGUGAACUUCUGCGACCAGCAGCUGCGGCCGUGCAUGGAAGCCUUUCGCGAGGUCUGUCGCCGUCACACCGAAGCCAUGCACACUCACCUCAGGUUGUUCCCCUGUCCCGACUCAAAACGGUUUCUCCUUCUUCUUCUAGGAUGUCGCAGAUCCAGAGAAUUUCUCAGUCACUCAAGAUGGACAUCGAAGAACUCAACGCGGCGACGAAGUUCUACAACCAGGCUCUGUACACUCUCGGCCUUUUGGCGGCUAGAUGUCAGGGCUUCAAGUACGAAUGCAGCAACUCGCCCAGCUUCAUGUUCGCCCAGCCGACGACCAUCCAACGGAUGAUGGAAUUUGUUUUUGUCGGCUUCGAUCAGGUUCAUUUGGAAGUGGAACAAUGAACUCAAAAAAUGAGUAACGGAAAAAUCUUGAAGCUGCUAUUUUUUAGCGCGCCAAGCCUUGUAACUGUGGCUUGGGAAAAAUUUAUGAAGCUCAUUCCAGAAAUGAAGUCUUCUGGUUGAUUUUCAGUAACGAAGAAUUUAGGAAUUAAAAAGAAUAGGUUCAUUUGAGCAUCAACAACGGUUUAUAGGUGGUUCAUGACUCAUUAUUCUCCAUCGAACCUUCAACCUCUUCAAUUCUUGUCACCAACAAUCUCUUCUCCUUUCAUUGCGAAAGCUUAUGUCCGGUUGGUUCAACUUUGAAGUCAUCAGAACCAAAAAAAAAAUAACUUGAACUUUUAGGCCGUCAUUUACAAGAGCUUCGACGUGCAAAUCGUCAGCGAGGACACGGCCAAUGCCAUUCAGGUUUCAUCUGUCUUUAGAUGCAUAAGAAUCUGUGAAAAUACUCAGAUGGAGAUGUCCAAAGUGCGUUGCGGCUCUCGAAGUCCAUCAGAGCCGUCGACGUUCCCUUCGGCGGCCCUCCUCGCCAUGAAACCGACCUCGGGUGUCAAAAGAAACAACGCGACGGCCAAUGCCGAGGGCGGAAACACGGCUCACAAAAAGUCCGACGUGAACAGCAAGGAGUCGGUGAGUCUGGCGCCGACAUACAACGACAAGUCUUCCACAUGGCACGCCUCCUAUCCUCAUCUCUUGUGCACCACCAGGCAAAAGGUAUCUUGGCACACUCGAAGAAAUCUUUUUUCUGAACAAAUCAAUUCGUAAAACAGUUUUCCCAAACUCUCUGAGCACCCCAUAACAGUUUUCCUUUCAGGACGCGGUUCUCCUCGACAGCCGCUCGAACCAGAUCGGCAAGCGGCCGUUGUUCUACUUCUACGUCAAGGGCACGGCGUUCUCUCCUCUGGGUUGUUUCAGCUACACGCGGACCCUCUCCCCACCAUUCACCAUCGCCACCAGACGAAACCAAGUCAGUGCCAUCGACUCCGGACUGACGUCUUCUUCUUCUUCUUCUUCUUCUAGGACUGCCAAGUCCAACGGAUGAUGUCGUCCUACACGGCGACGUGCUUCUGGCUUUACGGCAUGUGCUGCGUCGACGGCCUUGUCAUGAACUGGAACGAUUCACGUGGGUUUCGCCCUGAAACUUGCUCAGCUAAUUCGGAAUCUUUCAGCCUUGCCAUGGUCCCGGUUCAAGCAACUUUCCACGCAGUACUUUACAGUCAACGCAGAGGUUAGUUUCCGUUUUGACGCUUUUGUCGGGUUUCCAGCUUCCGAAGAAUCAUGAAUAUUUGAAAUAGGAACCUUUGGCUGGUAUUUGUUUACUACCUGCCCUUUUUCUUCAGGUGAAGCGACCCCUUCAGGACUGUGACUUCAUCAUUUUCAAAGACAAACUCGAGUGCGACGACUGCCGCGAAUUCCCAACUUCUGUUGUUUUUCCAGGUAAGGCUUUUUUCUUUUCCAGUUUUCCUCUCUACAGAACCGUUUCAGAACGAACGGUGACCUUCAAAAAUGUUUUGUGCCCACAUUUUCGAUUCGAAACAACGGACAAUACAAUAAUGAAGUUUUCCAUUUGGAGAGGUAUAUCAAAAUAAUCGCCCAGAAACAUUUGGAGGGAUUUAGGCAUUUUGGAAAUCUUGCAAAUAUUCCAAGAACAGAAAGCGAAUGUGAAGACUCUGUGGGACGAUUAUCUGCUUCAUGGAUUUCUCGAUACCACGUCGGUCAGUCUAAUCAAUGAUUAAGAUAACUCCGUGAGAAGGAAAUUUGAAAAAAUCUGUAUAAUUACUUUUUUCAAGAAGAAAGUUUGAAAAUUGCUGUUGAUAUGACAGUAGAACAAGAAUUGAUAAUAAUCUGCCAGGAUAAGCUUUGAAAAAUAUUCUUCUUGAACAAAUAUAACACUUUGAACUACUUACCAAUAUAAAAUUCUUCAGCUGAUGAAUCUGAUCCAACAAGCUCACAACUCUUCAGUUCUCGUCGUUCGACUCUCAUACAUCAUGGGAGGUUUCUUUCCCCUGAUUCUUUAAAAAGUAAGAGGAAAAUGUUGACAGGAAGCAUCUGCGUGACAGUUCGAAGUGCGCUUGGCGACGUGGUGCAUCUGGAGCCGAUAGACUUGAGGAAACUGCAGACGAAGAGCAUUUUCGAGUACCUGGCCGACAUCGCCGAGUCAGCACAGGUUCAUAUUUUCCUUUAUUGUGCAAUUAACGGAGUAAAAGAGAAGCAGGUAUUAGCUUUACAAAGACUGUAGGAGGAGACUUCAAAUUCGAAUUAGAACUCCAGCGAAAUGGAACUAAAAUAGCCCUAAGCCAUCUUUGUCUUGUGUCUGUCUUUGGCGCUCGCUUCUGAUCAACUCAUAAGCGACGUCUCCAGAUUAACUACAUCAUGACGGCGCGACACGAGCUUCUGAAGGUAGCCGACUUCGUCACGAAGUACAAGGUGCGGACGGAAGUGGCGAACGUGAAGGAGAUCACCUCCAACGUCUCUCAUGUCGGCCCGUUGAUGUCGAUGCAGACCAUCAAGUUGGACGUCUCGAAGAAUGAAAAUAACCCUUUGAUGGAUCUUGAAGAUGUGUGCCGCUUCGGGUGGCGAUCGUCGCCUGCGAUGGUCCCGUGCUGACGACGAGUCUGUCUCCGUCGCACUUGCACUCGACGCCGGCGUUGAACGUCUGUUUUUUUCUUUGAAGAUUGAUUCCUCCUUAGCGCCUUAUUUUCAUGGUCAAGCAUGGAAAAAACGUAAAAUCCUACGUUUUUCCUGUCUGGGACUGUCUUUUUUAGGCCUUUCCCAAUUUUAGUUUUCAAACAUCGAUCAGUAACUAGCGAACUGUAUUCUACCAAUUUUCAUUUUCGAGAAAUAAAUAGUUUCUAAGAGAGCUUGUUUCUAAAAUUCCUUUUUUGAUAGUUGCUCACCCUCUCGAAAUGUUUCUCAAUGUGAUUUUUUACUCGGAACGAUUUUUGAAUUCUAUCUUCUGUUUUUGAUCUCAACAAGGCGUACUUCUGAGUUCUCUGUUUACCAAUUAUAAAAAAUGAUACUACAGACGCCUCAACUCCAAACAGCAAGUUUCGACGUUCAACUUGAAAACUUGAUGAAAAUGUACGGGAAAACUCCGGCUGAUGUGAGUUUUUUUUUUUCCACUCGGUGUCAGCGAAUUAGUUUCGCAACUGAUCAAGUUCGGUAGUUGUUAUCUUGAUUUCACGACCAAGUUUUUUUUCGUUUUAAAUUAAGAUUGAUGAAAAGUAUACUUUUAAAGGUUUGCGAAAUGUUCUCCUACGCCAACAUGACCGCUGAUCCGUUUCAAAUGUCGCACGACUACAUUGACCCAAACACUUAUGAAUAUUGUUAA